AUGGUAAAUACGCAUUCGAUUUACUCGAUCAACCACAAAUGCAAAUCUCGAUCUUAUUCCACUUUCAAUGUAAACGAUAGUGUUUGGUUCGAUCAUCCCAAUACUGGUAAACGUACUGAUGAUUCACCGAGUGUUGAAGGUAUUGUUAAACCAUGUUUCCCAGUUACACCAUUCUAUGAAAUUACUUUAACCAACAGUGGAAAUGGUUAA